AUGCAUACGAGUGAUGUGCAGACGAUAAAGUGUACCGAGGUUCCGGCGUCUCCCCAGCGGACCCUCUACGACGAAGAGCAACCACCAUCACAGCAACGUAUACUGGAUCCACCUGCAAAUUUGGAGUUACAUAAGGGUAACAAGAGUGAUGAUGGUGCAACUAAGAACAAGCGCCCAUCAAGAUCAAAAUCUCCAUGCCUUAGUAAGCUGAAAAUUCUCUCAAGAUCAUCCUCCUCUGAAUUCGAUAGCAACCAGACCCGAUUAGGUUCCUUACCCGCCGAACCACUAGCUGCUUCCGAGAAAUUCGUUACUCGCGAUCCGACGGUGGAUAGUAGUUUGACUAGGCAUCGAAGUUCUCUACGGACAGUUACGGCCACGAGUACAUUGGGCGCGCCAUCCAAUAAAGAAGCGGGAAGACAUGGUAUCAAAAUACUCUGCCUGCGGGAUUCACUGGGUUCACGGCAUCUAUUGAAGAGAAAAUCACUCAAAAAAGCCCAAAGAAAACUCAGGGCAAAGGAGACUUAUGGAACGCAGAAUAUCCAGGAUAUAGAGAAGGCUCGGGGAACCUACGCAAAAAUGAGUACUAUAUCAUAUGAGCAUCCAAAUAUGAAUGUACUCCCUUACGACUAUUCCGAAAACACUCCGCUUUCUGUUCCAUCAACUGCUUCGAGUGGUAUUACAAAGACCAUUUCCCAAGUCUCUAACACUUCUAGUCUCAACGAAAGUUUUCAGCUAGUUUUUGAUGAUCAUCUCCUGCCGGGAAUACCUUCAAGGCUUCCUACAAGAUCAACAAACAACGUAUAA